AUGAAUAAUUAAAUAUAACCGAAAAUAUUAAUCUAUUUAGAAUAGGUCAAAUAUUUAAAUUGGAUUCAAGAAUAUGGAAAGAAUUAAUAAAAAAAUGGAAGAUGGUUUGUUAAAUGGAAUGGGGAAUUUAUGAUUGAUGUAGGAGGAUAUUAUUAAAUUGAAUGGAAGAAAAAUGGGUUUUGGAAAGAGCUUAUUGAAAAUUAUUAAAAGUAAUAAUAAUAUUUCUUUCUUAAAUUAGAAAUACAUAAGUUUUGAUAUUCGAAGAAUAUUUGGAUUAUAGGAUUUUGGCAAUUUCUUUAAAAUGAAUAAUUAAUGUAAUAUUAAUAUAUUUUAUAGAGGAGGUGGAUUGUAUAAUUAGUAAGGAUUUAAGCAUGGGUUAUGGUCAGAUUUAAGUGAUAAUUAUCGCAAGUAUAAAUGAUUUAUUAUUUUAAAUUAAUAGAAACAGUUAAGUUACUUAUAUUGGUGAAUAUAAAAAUGGUCAGCAAGUUGGAAAUUGGAAGAUUAAAUAUAAAAACUAAUUUAUGUAAAUUAAAUAAUAAAUUGACAUUAGUGGAGGUGGAUAUUAUACUAGAUAAGGUUUAAAAAGAGGUAAAUGGAUAGAGUUGAAGGAUUUUCUAUGUAUAGAAAUUAUAAAUUUUUUAAGAAUAAGUUAAAUUACUUUUGUUGGUGAAUAUAGAGAAGGAUUAAAAUUUGGAAUUUGGGAAAUUUUGGAAGAGAAUUAAUAUAUGUGAAUUUAACAAAAUAUAUUAGUGGAUGUGGAUUAUAUGAUACUUAUGGAUUAAAGAAUAAAAAAUGGUUUGAUUUGAAUUAAAAUUUUAAAGAGUAAUAUUAAAUUUAUAAUAGUUACAUAUAAAUUAUUUAUUAAGGAGAGUAUAAUGAUGGUAAAAGGCAAGGUUAUUGGAAGACUCUUUUCAGAUAUGAUAGAUAAAGUAAUUUUGAGUAGAUGUAAAUAAUAAAUUAUAUUAAAUAAACAGGUGUAAGGGAUUUUCUAAUGAUAAAGGUUAAAAGAAUGGUAAAUGGAUAGUAUUGAAUAAUAAUUUUAAUCAGUAAUAUAAUUAUUUAUAGAAUAUAAGUACUUGUCAAGUUAUUUAUGAAGGAGAGUAUAAAAAUGGAUUAUAUAUCCAUAGAUGGGAUACAAUAUCUAGAUAUGAUGAGGAUCAUGGAUUUUUAUAUUUGUAAAAUUAUCAAUAAAUAUAUAAGAUAUAGUGGUGGAUGUAGCUUUGAUCAUAAUGGUUAUAAGUAUGGAAAAUGGACAGAAUUAUAGGAUAAAUUUGAAGAGUAUUAUAAAUAUUAAAGUUCAGUUAGCGUUAAGUAAUUUUUAAUGGAGAGUAGAAUAAUCUUAAAAAGUCUGGUUAAUGGGAUAUAAUGUUUAGAUAUACUUUUAGGGAUUAAUUUAAAAAAGUGUAAAUAUUUUAUUCAGAAAAUUAUCUUAAAAUAGUGGAGGAGGAUUAUAUAAUGAUAAUGGUUUAAAGUAAGGAAUAUGGAUUGAUUUGA